AUGGAAAAGCCGAACGUCAUCGAGCUGGUCUUGGUCACCGUAAUCCGCAGCGUAACCGUCGCAGGAAAGCUGUGGCUGGUGUUGAUGGUCCUGCUCAGGGUUCUGGUCCUCCUCUUUGCUGGGUAUCCUCUCUACAUAGACGAGCCGCACCAGUUUUCCUGCAACACCAUCCAGCCGGGCUGCGCUGGUGUCUGUUACGACACCUUCUGCCCCCUCUCCGUCCUCCACUUCUGGGUGGUUCAGCUGACGGCACUGUGUCUCCCUGGUGCCGUCUUUGUCGUUUACGUCGUCCACGUGGUGGUGUGGGAGCGCGGUGCCCGAGCCUCGUCCGCUUCCCCUGCCGAUGCUGUGAGGGUCCGCAGUUUCACAGCAGCGUACUUGUUCCACCUGUUGAUGAGCGCCCUGCUGGAAGCGGGCUUCGGAGUGGCCCAGGGCUUCCUGUUCGGCUUCCAUGUUCCCCGCAGGGUCCUCUGCUACGAGCUGCCUUGCACCGCGACCGUAGACUGCUAUGUCUCCCGCGCCACUGAGAAGACGAUCCUGCUGCGCUUCAUGCAGGCGGUUGGUGCCGUUUCCUUCCUGCUCAAUGUUGCCGACCUGGUCUGCACCACCAAGCUCUUGGCGACCCAGAAGAUGAAGAGGAAGGGGGUAGCGUUGAUGAGGCUUUACAAGGAAGAGCAGAGCUACGUCUCAGCAGGUGGUGAGGAACUAGAUCUCCACCUCCCGUUGACCUUGGACCUGGAAGGAUCCCCUACUUUCAGCCGGGCCAAGGCCAAUGAAUCUGGUCUGGCUGAAGGCCCCAACAUGCAGCCAGAGGGGAGGGACCCAUCGCCCAUACCCGGAAAUCAACAGUGUGGCACUGCUCAGCCACGGGUCCGAGAGGAUGAGGUGGAACAGACAGGCAGUGAGGCGUGUCUAUGCCCUGCCGCUCCCAUUGGCACACGGCGCCCCCUCAGGGUGUCCAAACGCAGUCGCUUUAGGCCCCCACCCCCUCCGCGCCGGGACUCGUUAGCCAGGGCUUUCGGUCCUAAGGGGGUGGGACACCACACGCUGGUGGAGGUGGCCCCCGACCUCCAGACCAGCGGCCCCGAGAUGUUGGAGAAGAAGUCUGCAUGGGUGUAG